CGCAGGGUGUCAGUGUGGCGCCGCGGAGAGACCGACAAUAGAAGCGGGCAGUGGACGGCACUACAGGAAGUGGCUUUGCUCUUGUGAUGCACGGCGGAACGGUUCCGAGGGUGAUGACGUCAUAAUCGAUGGAGGGCAGUGCUGGUAGCGAUGACCUCACAACCUGGGAGCUGGUGCCGGUGGGGCGGUGCAGUGUGGUGAGGCGGCGCUUUCUGGAGAGAGGCAGUGGGGAUGAGACCCCCAGAGGGGGAUCAGUCUGUCGAAUCCUGAUCCAGAGCAAUGCAACAGACCCCCUCUGCAGCCAGCUCAUCCCCUAUCCUGUCAACCACUGCACCCUGAUCACCAUGGGGGAGGGGGAGUGUGACAUCAUCGAGGGGGUGCUGGAGGGCAUGCGGGCAGGGGAGCGUUGCGCGGUGGUGAUUUCAACUCUGACUCCUCUUGUCAAGUCCGAUGAAGCAGAAAUCAGCGGGCUGGAGAGCUCCUCCUGCCUGCAGACCCAGGAGCUGCGCCUCACCCUGCAGCUGCACAGCUUCACCCCGGGGAGGGACUCCUGGGAGCUGAGCUUCGAUGAGAAGUUGGGUUCCAUCGUGAAACACAAGCAGAGGGGGGGUGCGAGGUUCAGAGCGGGAGACGUGUGGGGUGCGGCGCACAGCUACUCCCUGGCCAUGCGCCUCGCUGUCACCCUCCAGAUGGUCGUGCCGGCCGAGCAGGACCCGGAGUUCCAGCGAGCCCGCUCUGAGCUCCACGCCAACCUGGCGGCCUGCCAGCUCCGCCUGGGCCAGCCACGCAACGCCCUGCUGAGCGCCACACGUGCCCUAGGCAUCCAGCCGCGCUGCGCCAAGGCCCUGUACCGCAGGGGGCUGGCCCUCACCAUGCUCGGGGAGUUCGAGCAGGCCAGGGCUGACCUGCGAGGGGUCCUGGAGCUGGAACCAGCCUCCAAACCGGCCCUGCAGGCACUGAGAGACCUGGAGCGGCGAGAGAGGGAGCAGAGGGGCCAACUAGCCAGGGCUAUGAGCAAGCUGUUCAACUAGGAGAGGGGGCAGCUAGCCAGGCCUAUGAGCAAGCAAUGUGCUGUUCUUUAUUUAAAGUGUAAAUAAAAAACAGUUUCUGUCUUGAA